CUGGUCGGAGGCGGCGGCGCGGGCGGCCUGCUGCCCGGCGCUUCGCCCGCCCAGCACCCGCCGAACAUGCUGCAACCCAUGGAAGAAAUGAUUCUUCCACCCAAACGACAAGCUGUUGUCGAUCGCUUAAGUCCUGGUGAAGUCGAUCGCGGGGUAAGCGGAGUCGGUCGUAUCACUAGUAUAGUGUUGUGUCUCGUUACAAUGUAUCUACUUUCAUCGCGUCGCCACAUCCCACUGCCUUAUCUCUUACCCGCGCCCCCCCCCCCUCCGCCGCUGCACUCCAAGUGUCGCUGCAUCAGUUUUCGUCGGUUCACGUCACCGUUGUCAUGGCAACCUGUCCGCGCCCCGAGCGUCACAGUGACGUCACCCGGCCUACACGUGUGUGCGUGCGAUGUAUCAUGUAGCGGAUGUCGCCCGUCGAUGGUUUUCUCUCAAACUCGAAGCUCCCCCCCCCCUCCCGGCCUCCCCCCCCCCCCCCCGGUGCCCAUCGAAGCCGCUCCAGUUACAGAGACAGCUUCAUACGUAACAAGUGGACGCUAUGUUGAACGAGCCGCACUUAUUAUGCUCACCUACUGUAUUAUUUAUCACAUAUUUGUAGUAAGCGACGCGUUCGCGCCACGAAGAAUAGAGACGUACAGGCGGCGACAGUCGGAGUGUGUGCCGAGGUUCGACCAGUCGUUCAGCGGGGCCUGCGAGCAGCAGAAUCUGGAGACGAAUGCGCUGCAGAAGAGGUUCCUGGAGGGGAAGGCUAAACGCCAGGCCAAGAAGACGGACAGAAAGCCUGAGUUGGCUUCUAUCAGCAGCAACCUACACGGCAGUCUUCACGUCAGCUGUGUGAGAUAUCUUAUCAUUCCUUAA